AUGGCGGUUGAGAAACUUUUUAAAGAUGAGGCUACUGAAGAGAAGGGUGAGCGUGCCAGAAUGGCCUCCUUUAUUGGAGCAAUGGCGAUUGCUGACCUGGUUAAGACGACAUUGGGCCCUAAGGGAAUGGAUAAAAUCUUGCAAUCUACCGGAAGAGGUCACAGUGUUACAGUUACAAAUGAUGGAGCAACCAUCUUAAAGUCGCUGCACAUUGACAAUGCUGCUGCCAAAGUCCUUGUUGACAUCUCAAAAGUUCAAGAUGAUGAAGUUGGUGAUGGAACAACUUCAGUUGUUGUCUUAGCUGGGGAGCUUUUGAGGGAGGCAGAGAAGCUGGUAAAUGCAAAAAUUCAUCCAAUGACUAUUAUUGCAGGUUACCGCAUGGCAGUUGAAUGUGCAAGGAAUGCGUUGCUGGAGAAGGUGGUGGAUAAUAAACCAGAUGAAGAGAAAUUCAAAGCAGACUUGAUGAAAAUUGCAAUGACUACCUUGAGCUCAAAAAUUCUCUCUCAGGACAAAGAACAUUUUGCAAAACUAGCUGUUGAUGCAGUCAUGAGAUUAAAGGGAAGUACAAAUUUGGAAUCCAUUCAAAUCAUUAAGAAGCCUGGCGGUUCACUGAAAGAUUCAUUUCUGGACGAGGGUUUCAUUUUGGACAAAAAAAUGGGUGUUGGACAACCAAAACGAAUUGAAAAUGCCAAAAUAUUGGUGGCGAAUACUGCGAUGGACACGGACAAAGUGAAAAUUUACGGGGCGCGUGUUCGGGUUGAUUCCAUGGCCAAGGUCGCUGAGAUUGAAGUAGCCGAGAAAGAGAAGAUGAGAGAGAAGGUGCAGAAGAUCAUCAAUCACGGCAUAAACUGCUUUGUCAACCGACAACUGAUUUACAAUUUCCCUGAAGAACUGUUUGCUGACGCUGGUGUGCUCGCAAUCGAGCACGCAGAUUUCGACGGAAUCGAGCGGCUGGCUCUCGUCACGGGGGGCGAGAUAGCAUCUACUUUCGACAAUCCAGAGUCUGUUAAGCUCGGGCACUGCAAGCUCAUUGAGGAAAUCAUGAUUGGCGAGGACAAGUUGAUCCACUUUUCUGGAGUGGAAAUGGGUCAGGCAUGCACUAUUGUUCUGAGAGGCGCAAGCCCUCACAUGCUGGACGAGGCCGAGAGAUCUCUUCACGAUGCUCUGUGCGUGCUAUCACAGACAGUGAAUGACAGUAGGGUGCUGUUUGGUGGCGGGUGGCCGGAGAUGGUGAUGGCGAAGGCAGUGGAUGAGCUGGCGAGGAUGACACCGGGGAAAAAAUCCCACGCCAUCGAGGCAUUCUCUCGUGCGCUCGUGGCCAUCCCGACAACCAUUGCCGACAAUGCAGGUCUGGACAGUGCCGAAUUGGUGGCUCAGCUCCGGGCAGAGCACCACAAGGAGGGUAGCACUGCAGGGAUUGAUGUCAUCUCUGGAACUGUUGGAGAUAUGGCAGAGCUCGGGAUAUCAGAGGCAUUCAAGGUGAAGCAGGCCGUAUUGCUGUCAGCAACCGAAGCUGCUGAGAUGAUCCUAAGGGUAGACGAGAUAAUCACUUGUGCCCCACGAAGGAGGGAAGAUCAUAUGUGA